CAGGCUCGGGGCGCUCGCGAGGAGGCUGCCGCUCGGGCUCGCUGCCCCGUCGCCCCGCACCCGGGCCCCGCCGCCGCGCCGCGCCGCGCCGCGCGCCAUGGACCUGCCCAGGGGCCUCUUGGUGGCCUGGGCGCUCAGCUUGUGGCCAGGGCUCACAGACACCUUCAACAUGGACACCAGGAAGCCUCGAAUCAUCACUGGCUCUAGGGCUGCCUUCUUCGGCUACACGGUGCAGCAGCAUGACAUCGGUGGCAAGAAGUGGCUAGUCGUGGGUGCUCCAUUGGAAACCAACGGCCACCAGAAGACGGGAGACGUGUACAAGUGUCCGGUGACCCAUGGGAACUGCACCAAGCUCAACCUGGGAAGGGUCACUCUGUCCAACGUGUCUGAGCGGAAGGACAAUAUGCGCCUCGGCCUGAGCCUGGCCACCAACCCCAAGGACAACAGCUUCCUGGCCUGCAGCCCCCUCUGGUCUCACGAGUGUGGGAGUUCCUACUACACCACAGGGAUGUGUUCGAGAGUCAACUCCAACUUCAGGUUCUCCAAGACAGUGGCCCCAGCUCUCCAAAGGUGCCAGACCUACAUGGACAUCGUCAUUGUCCUGGAUGGCUCCAACAGCAUCUACCCCUGGGUGGAGGUUCAACAUUUCCUCAUCAACAUCCUGAAGAAGUUCUACAUCGGCCCUGGGCAGAUCCAGGUUGGAGUUGUCCAGUACGGAGAAGACGUGGUGCAUGAAUUUCACCUCAAUGACUACAGGUCUGUACGAGAUGUGGUGGAAGCUGCCAGCCACAUUGAGCAGAGAGGAGGAACGGAGACCCGGACGGCAUUUGGCAUCGAAUUUGCUCGCUCAGAGGCUUUCCAGAAAGGUGGAAGGAAAGGGGCCAAGAAAGUAAUGAUUGUCAUCACAGACGGAGAGUCCCAUGACAGCCCAGACCUGGAGAAGGUGAUCCAGCAAAGCGAGAGAGACAACGUGACCAGAUACGCUGUAGCCGUCCUAGGCUACUACAACCGCAGGGGGAUCAAUCCAGAAGCUUUUCUAAACGAGAUCAAAUAUAUCGCCAGUGAUCCCGAUGACAAGCACUUCUUCAACGUGACUGACGAGGCAGCCCUGAAGGACAUUGUUGAUGCCCUGGGGGACAGGAUCUUCAGCUUGGAAGGCACCAACAAGAACGAAACGUCCUUUGGGCUGGAGAUGUCGCAGACAGGCUUUUCGUCCCACGUGGUGGAGGACGGGAUUCUGCUGGGAGCCGUUGGUGCCUACGACUGGAACGGAGCCGUGCUGAAGGAGACCAGUGGCGGGAAGGUCAUUCCUCUCCGAGAGUCCUACCUGAAGGAGUUCCCCGAGGAGCUCAAGAACCAUGGUGCCUAUCUAGGGUACACAGUCACGUCGGUCGUGUCCUCCAGGCAGGGGUGGGUGUACGUGGCUGGAGCACCCCGGUUCAACCAUACCGGCAAAGCCAUCCUGUUCACCAUGCACAACAAUAGGAGUCUCACCAUCCACCAGGCCCUGCGGGGUGAGCAGAUAGGCUCCUACUACGGGAGUGAGAUCACCUCGGUGGACAUCGACGGCGACGGGGUGACUGAUGUCCUGCUUGUGGGCGCCCCCAUGUACUUCAGCGAGGGCCGAGAGCGGGGCCGAGUGUACGUCUACAACCUGAGACAGAACCGGUUUGUUUAUAACGGGACGCUGAAGGAUUCCCACAACUACCAGAACGCCCGAUUCGGGUCCUCCAUCGCCUCGGUUCGAGACCUCAAUCAAGAUUCCUACAACGACGUGGUGGUGGGAGCCCCUCUGGAGGACAGCCACAGAGGAGCCAUCUACAUCUUCCAUGGCUUCCAAGCCAGCCUCCUAAAGAUGCCGAAGCAGAGAAUCGCCGCCUCUGACCUGGCUCCCAGCCUCCAGUAUUUUGGCUGCAGCAUCCACGGGCAACUGGACCUCAACGAGGAUGGGCUGGUCGACCUGGCGGUGGGCGCCCUGGGAAACGCUGUGAUUUUGUGGUCCCGUCCGGUGGUUCAGAUCAAUGCCAGCCUCCACUUUGAGCCGUCCAAGAUCAACAUCUUCCAUAGAGACUGCAAACGCAGCGGCAGGGACGCCACCUGCCUGGCCGCCUUCCUCUGCUUCACGCCCGUUUUCCUGGCACCCCAUUUCGAAACGGACACAGUCGGCAUCAGGUAUAAUGCUACCAUGGAUGAGAGGCGGUACGCCCCGCGGGCCCACCUGGAUGAGGGUGGGGACCGAUAUACCAACAGAGCCGUCCUGCUCUCCUCCGGCCAGGAACACUGUGAGCGGAUCAACUUCCAUGUCCUGGACACUGCUGACUACGUGAAACCAGUGACCUUCUGGGUGGAGUACUCCCUGGAGGAUCCCGACCACGGCCCCGUGCUGGACGACGGCUGGCCCACCACCCUGCGAGUCUCGGUGCCCUUCUGGAAUGGCUGCAGUGAGGACGAGCACUGUGUCCCUGACCUCCUGCUGGAUGCCCGCAGUGAUCUGCCCACAGCCAUGGAGUACUGCCAGAGGGUGCUGGGCAAGACUGUGCAGGACUGCUCCGCCUACACGCUGUCCUUCGACACCACGGUUUUCAUCAUCGAGAGCACACGCCGGCGGGUCCCAGUGGAGGCCGUGCUGGAGAACAGAGGCGAGAAUGCCUACAGCACGGUCCUAAAUAUCUCGCAGUCAGCAAACCUGCAGUUUGCCAGCUUGAUCCAGAAGGACGACUCAGAAGGCAGCAUCGAGUGCGUGAACGAGGAGAGGAGACUCCACAAGAAAGUCUGCAAUGUCAGCUACCCCUUCUUCCGGGCCAAGGCCAAGGUGGCUUUCCGGCUAGAUUUUGAGUUCAGCAAAUUCGUCUUCCUGCACCACCUGGAGAUCCGGCUCACGGCUGGCAGUGACAGUGAUGAGGACGAGAGCACCAAGGAAGACAACACGGCCCUCCUGCGCUUCCACCUCAAAUAUGAGGCUGACGUCCUCUUCACCAGGAGCAGUAGCCUGAGCCACUACGAGGUCAAGGCCAACAGCUCACUGGAGAGGUACGACGGCAUUGGGCCUCCCCUCAGCUGCGUCUUCAAGAUCCAAAACUUGGGCUUGUUCCCUAUCCACGGAGUAAUGAUGAAGAUCACCGUCCCCAUCGCCACCAGGGGGGGCAACCGCCUGCUGAUGCUGAGGGACUUCCUUACUGACCAGGUGAACACGUCCUGUAACAUCUGGGGAAACAGCACCGAAUACCGACAUGCCCCGACAGAGGAAGACCUGACCCGUGCCCCACAGCUGAAUCAUAGCAACUCUGAUGUAGUCUCCAUCAACUGCAACGUGAGGCUGGCCCCCAACCAGGAGAUCAGUUUCCAUCUGCUGGGGAACCUGUGGUUGAGGUCCCUAAAAGCACUCAAGUACAAGUUGAUGAAGAUCACGAUCAAUGCAGCCUUGCAAAGACAGUUCCACAGUCCCUUCAUCUUCCGCGAGGAGGAUCCCAGCCGCCAGAUCACGUUUGAGAUCUCCAAGCAAGAAGACUGGCAGAUCCCGAUCUGGAUCAUUGUGGGCAGCACCCUGGGGGGCCUCCUGCUGCUGGCCCUGCUGGUCCUGGCACUAUGGAAGCUCGGCUUCUUUAAAAGUGCCAAGCGCAGGAGGGAGCCUGGCCUGGACCCCACCCCCAAAGUGCUGGAGUGAGGCUCAGAGGAGGCUGCAAGUCGAUGGGGGCCAGGACGCCAGUCCAGGCAGUGUGCAGGCCCAGGCCCAGGGCCCACUGAGCUGGGGUGAAGACCGCCAGCUCGCUUUGCACUUGACCUCAUCUCCUGAGAGACCAAGGCUGCACCCUCUGAAAGGAACUCAAGCCAGUUUUAAGAGGGACUGCUCUAGUGGUAGGCCCUGACACCUCCAACACAGAGCCCUGGUGAUUUAGAGGGACCCCUCCCACGGCACACCAAAGCCUCCCCCAGGCUCUGUGGGGGCAUUUGCAGCCCCGGCCACUAAGGUGCUAGG